AUGCCUCCUCAAAGUAGAGGUCCGUCACCUGAGCCGCCUAAGCGAACCUUUGCCAAAUCAAACUCCCUUCCCCCGACGUUGAGACCAUACCUCGAGAACCUCCCUUCACCAACUGCUUUGAUUCCAGGAGACCAAAGGACGCCUACCGGUCCACGCAUGAACGUUCCUGAUCGUGAUGGUGCCACUCCCACGCCGACUCCCACUCCCACUCCUCAAAAGAGGCCCCGCUCUACUACUGCUUUCCAGCUCGGCUCUGAUGAGCGGGAGGACAAUGAGCACCAGAUGGACCAACAUUCUGAGGGCGAGCUGGUAGAGAAUGAGGAUGACGUCUCAGGAGUGACCCUGACCGACGACGACUUCGAGUCACACUACUCCCGGCAAGACACGUCGGCGUCAGAAUCAGAGGAUGGCUCUGAGGAGGACGAGGACGAAGACAGUCAAGACAAACAACCCCAAGAUGGCCAUGACAUAUCGCAAAACGGCGCCGCCAGGCCCGGUGGUGUCGUUCCAUCAUCUUCAGAUCGCCCUGAUUUCCUCUCGAGGGUUCGAUCUCUACCGGCUCGCCCACUACCACACCAGUCUCAUGGCUACUCCCCGUCUCACCUGCAGAGCAAUGGCCUCCACACAUCCCAGUCAACGAUAUCACUCCCUCCAGUCCCACCGCCUCUCUAUCCACCCUUCUACAACCGUCCACCAACCCCUCUCCCACCAUCGCCCAGCCUGACCUCUCUGCUCCGCCCACCAUCCCUACUCAACCGCUCUACCACCUCCACACGCCCGACCACCCCAGACUCCUCAGACGUCGAGACUCCCAACGACACCGAGGCAGCCGUUGCACAUUCCGCACGUCGCGCCCACCCCCUACCACCCACAUCCCCGAAAGUUCCCACCUACGAAUACUACGGCUUCGUGCUGUACCUAGCAUCCUCCCUCGCCUUUCUAAUCUACAUCCUCUGGUCAUACUUACCGUCACCAUUCCUCCACGCGCUUGGCGUCACCUACUACCCCAACCGAUGGUGGAGCCUAGCUAUCCCCGCCUGGAUCGUCAUGCUCCUGGUCUUCAUCUACGUCGCCCUACUGAGCUACAACGUCGAGUAUUUAACCCUCCCACUCGCGAGUUUGGAAUGCAUGGUCGACGAGGCCGGGAACGUGGCUGUUGUGGAUGAAUACGGCCGGGUGAGAAAAGGCGGGAGCAAGCGAUUCGUCAAGGAACUCGAAGAACGCGCAAAGUUGCAGAAGGAGAUGGAAUCCAAAGGCAAGGGGAAAGGCAAGGGCAAGGGACGGAAAUCGUCCAACGCCAACGCCAAUUCCAAACAGGCGAAUCGUAACCGUCGCCGUUCGAACAAUAUGGCUGCCAGCGCUAGCCAGCAUCAGUCCCAAAGUCACCCGCGGCAUGACGCGCCACCAGAAAUCCCUGCCCGGUACUCGUCUCCAGCUUCGGCUUCAGCCGGACCGAGACCAGCGGUCCCACAGUACCUCUACUCCGGCCAGCCCGAUUCAGGCUAUUCGUACCAAAGGGGAGGCUACGACAACGGACCAAACCACUAUCAGCCGAGCGACGCCGAGUACCCGAACUGGAGGCUCGUGUGGAACGAGGGCACCGACGCUGUCAUGGACAUCCCCAUUGGCGGUGUAUGCGAGGUCCUCUAUGGCGGGGAUACGGAUAGCGGAACUUUUUGA